GGAAGCAAACGAGACUGGCGUCUGGCGUUGAAAAGGGCAAUUCAUCAUUUUCAUGUGGAUAUAUUAGUCUAUAAAAUCACUGUAAAUAGCAACAAUGUAGGGUUAAACAUCUGGAGAAAUUGGUUCUAAGACGGUGUCUAUUGGAAGAUAUCCAGUGUUGCUCAAUUACCCCACCUCUGCUGAUUUUUCCGUGAAAUCCUGGCUUACGAUUGGUUGAAGUCUGUCACGUGAAAGCGGUGGAUUACUUAUACAUGAUAUCUAGGGGCGUGCUGUGCAGCUGUUACGAGGAUAAAGAAAUUGAUGCUUCACAGGUUUUGAUGUUUCCUCAAUAUACAAAUCUUUUUUACCAUUCAUGCCCAGUGUAAAUCCAAGAAAAGGAUGAAAAGAAACCAUGCAGUUGUUUGCUGUUUUGCAGGAUAAAGAAAUCAGUGUGGUAUGUAAUAUAGUGAACACUUGGAGGCUGCUAUCUAUUGAGACAUCAAAAGGACUCAGUUCCUAAUGUAAAGAGAGAUCUCCCUGACUGAAAUCCACACAGGAUUAUAAAGUCACAGGAAACAGAAAUACAAGUCUGGUGUCAGUUAUGUAUACAGCAGUAUUACACAAAUCUGUCACAGUGUCUGGUGUAUAUCAGUGUCUUCACAUAUCCCGUGUGUCAACAGACCGGGUCUGGAUCUGUGAUAGUAAAGGCAAUCUCAUUUUAACUAACACGACAGGAGACACACUAGAUAAAGUGACAGAUUUAUUUCAAUUUGGUGCUGGAAUACAUACUGUGUCUAGUGCUAGUGCUGUGAUUUAUAUAGACAGUGACCAUAACAUCAUAAAACUAUCUGAAGAUAAAGUAAAGACCAUAGUGAUACCAUACACAUCACCAUGGUUACCAGUGAGUGUCUACAGCUCCCCCUCCACUGGAGACCUGCUGGUCGGGAUGUAUGAUACUGGUGCAGUGACAGGCCAGGUACACCGUUACACUGACACAGGAAGACACAUACAGACCACACAGCACGACAACACAGGUCAGGGACUGUAUAUAGAACCUUUCUACAUCACAGAGAACCGCAAUGGAGAUGUUAUUGUGUCUGACGGGCUCCGUCAUGCUGUAGUGGUGACAGAUCGUGACGGUAAAUACCGGUUCUCCUACACACGUACUCCAUCAGGAUCAGGACUAUGGCCACGUGGAAUCUGUACUGACGCGCUGUCACACAUCCUGGUAUGUGAUUAUUACACCAGCACAGUACAAAUCACUGACCAGGACGGUCUCUAUCUGACACAGUUAGGGAGAGAACAACACGGGAUAUACAGACCAUGCGGCCUGAGUUAUGAUUGUGAUACACAGCUUCUCUGGGUUGGAUCACGGUACAACACAGUAAACAUUUACAGACUUAUCAAUGAAGGGGAUGAUCUGACUGAUAAAGUUGAUGAGUUAAAGACGUUCUUGAGAAAGGAGAAGACAACUGUUACCCAUGCCAGAGGAAUACUUGUUGGAUGUGCUGAGGCUGGAAAAACAACGCUACUGAAGCGAUUAAGAGGGCAAAGUCAAAAUAUCGGUGAAGUUACAGAGUCCACCAGGGGAUUGGAAGUCCAUCAACAUCUUUUCAUUGUUAAAGAUGGAAUUUUAGAAGUAGUUGAUGACGAUUCACCAUUGAAGACAUUUAUCAGGAUAAAUGCCGCGGACCUGAAGCCAAAAAUAAGCAGUGCAGUUGACCAUUCCAAUCCAAAUGAAAAUAGAGAUAAUUCGGGACUGAAAAGUCAUUACAAAGAGAGGGGGGAAACCAUGCUCUAUAGCCGAGAAGAAGAGAAAGUUGAGUUGUCUAGUUCACCUAAUGAAGGCAAAGAAGAAGUCAAUACAGUAGAGGUAAUGGCCCUUGUUCUUUCCUCAAAAGAAGAAAAAAGGGUGAAAGAUGAAAUUUUUCAGAAAAUCUUGUCUGAAAAAGAGAACUUACCAACUGUCAGCAUGCUGGACUUUGCUGGUCAGUUAGCGUAUUAUGCCUGUCACCAAAUUUACGUAACACCAAAGGCCUUCUUUAUCCUUGUGUUGGACAUGACUAAGAAGUUUGAAGAUGUUGUUGAUAGGGAAAAAGAUAAUCAAGAAGGAUCCAUCUUCUCUGUGUGGACUUACAAAGACUACCUGAAGUUUUGGAUAACCUCAAUCAAGACUUUUGGAGGCACUAAGGCACCACUGUUCAUUAUUGUCACACACACAGAAGGAACAUCUAUAGAU